AUGGAAGAAUCGCUAGAAGCAGAUCGACUUAGGGAGGAGGAGGAAGCCGCGGCGCGUAAAAAGCGACCCCGGAAAUACACCCAUCGCGACCGGGAGGAAGUCGCCGCAAGGUUGGUACGAGAUUACUUUUGUGAGAACCCGGUAUGGGAAGAUACCUACUUUCGUCGCCGUUUUCGCAUGCGGCGGGAGCUAUUUCUGCAUAUCGCAAAUACAUUGGCGGCUCGGGAAGAAUACUUCCAAGAAGGGUUUGACGCUAUUGGCCGUCCCAGUCUCACGACGCUCCAGAAAUGUACCGCAGCAAUCCGUCAGCUUGCUACUGGACAAACGCCGGAUUUGUUCGACAAGUACCUGCACAUUGGGGACAGCACUGGGAGACUGUGUUUGAUGAACUUCUGCAAAGGCGUCCGGGCAGCCUUCACCAACGAAUUUCUCAAGAAGCCAAGCACUGCAGAUUGUUAG